CCACAGGGAAGCAGGGAGCGGAUCCCCGACCUGGUUUGGGGUCCCAGCAUUAGGGUAGCGCGGGGGAACACGGAUAGUCUGCGAACGUGGGGCUAGAUCAGGUGCGCGUGCCGCAGCUACAACACCGGUGGCAACAGGUGCAGCUCGGUCCUGGGCUCCCGCCUGGGGAUGGGGCGGGUCCGUACUUAGCCCGGGAGCGCGCGGGGUUUCGGGAUUGGAACCCGGGAGCGCUAGGAAGAAGCGAGCGGGGUUCUGCGAGACCCUCCCCAGAAGAUAGCCCCUCGCACGUCUGUCAAGUUCCUCCCGGCGCAGCUCGGUUGGACUCCGCCUCUGGCCGUGUAGCCCGGCCACGAGUCGCUGGAGCCGACUAUUCCGAAGGGGCCACAACAGCUUUUUUAUUUACAAGUUUUCACAACUCCCCGCCCAGGCUCCACCCUCUGGCGGCCCGGGAGGCGGGGAACCUGGUGUUCCUGGACCCAGGUUCGCUCCUGGCAGCCACCGCGGGGCUGCGGGUGGGGUGCGGACCGAGUUGCGCGCCCGCAGGUACAGACACCGCCCAGACGACCUCCCCGGGGUGGCCUGGAGCGCGCACGUCAAGGUCGGAAGUGUGCACCGGGCCCCGAGCGCUCGCCUUGCUGCUUUGCGUCCUGGCUCCCGGGAGAGCUCCGAGCUGGCUCGGAGGCGUUGCGGGGAACAACACAUCAUUUCGACAUCGCUACAUGUGAGACUUCAAAAUAUUCAAAUGUGCUGAGAACUUUGGAAAUGGACCAUUUCUCCUUCUCUUCUGCAUGAAGAAAUUGAAGAUCUAGAAGAGCAGAGGUUUAAAGUUAACAUCCAGAAUGAAUGAUGGUAAUUUAGAUGAUAAGACAGAGGAUGAACCACGAUCCCUGCUUACCAGUGAGAAAAGUGUAACUACAGUUGUGUACAGUCAGCGGUCGCCUUCUGUGCAGCAGUCCCCAGGCAGCCAUGUGAGCUGGGGUUGUACCAGCAUGGAUGACAUGGUGGUGGACUGUGAAACCAGCCCUGCUGUGGACAGUGGUGAAAAUCAUUCUCUCAGCCAUCAGUGUGCUGAAAUACCUGAUCACCCCAAAUCCUCACGUGAUUUCAUUAGGAAUCAGAUGUCACAGAGGCGUGAGGUUUCCCUGUGUCCGUCUUCUGUCCUGGGGAACACAGGAGCUCCCCAGUACCUGCAUGACAGCUAUCACCCCGUGGAAGCAGUUCAGGACAGUGUUGAGUCCUCACCACCCUCUGUGUGGAAGUCUAACUGUGACAUGAACUGUACAGACUGCUCUGCCGUCUUGGAGCUAAACCAGACAUUUGACAUUCAAGUAAAAAAGACUAACUGCACCUUUAUAACUCAUCAUGCCAUUGAAAGCCCUCAGUCUUUGCACACCCCUGGAAGCCUGCAGCAGACCAGAAGGGGAAGUGGAGGUACAUCUUCUUCAUUCUCUUCAACUUGGACAUCUUCCCAAUCUGAUAGGUUGCAUGUGAGAGAAGCUAGUUAUGAAAAAAAAGUCUUGGCAAGCACUCAAGCUGAACCACUGCAGACCCAAGACACAGCAUACAUUUUCUCUGAUGUGGUGAUGCAAACUGAGGCUGUGGUUCCAGAAUUUGGAAAUGGGCAUCAGUAUUCUUCAGGAACGGUCACCAGUGAGUACACAGAUGGAUCACAGCACCAUCUCGCUGGAGAAAAAGAGGUACACACUGUAGCACCAGCUUCCGAUGGCAUACAAGUCCCAGGCGGGUCUUUGCUACGAGAGUGUUUCUGUGUACCUAAAGAGGGGUCAAAUGGUGAGAUACACUCAGAGAGCUCCUAUGGGCAGAAGGAAAUGGGCCAAACUCUAAGAGAAGCAGUGUCUAAUUGUUGUAUUGAUUAUGAAUGCCCUGUCCUGGUGCCAAAUUUUGAUAAAAGCGGAGCCCAAGUUUUGAACUCGGAGCAUGAAGUCAUUGUGAGUGAAGAUGCACAAAGUGCCUCCAAUGAGAAGGAUUCCAGACUCCAAGAUCGGACCAUAGAAUUGAUGCUGAGUAGCCCACCAGCACAGAAGGUAAUUUCAUCACUUGACUUGACUUGGGAUGCAAAUGAUAUGCUCAUUAGCCCAGAUGACUCUGUCUAUGUGUCAACACCAGUGUUGGAACACACAAACCCAGGUUUUUUCGUUUCUCCUAUCACAGCAACAGAGAAAUGUAAUGAAGUGGGAAAGAAUAUCCGUGAGCUUAAACAUUUACCAGACUUGAAGGGGACAACCAUGAAUAUAUCUAAAUGUAGUCUGGGAAGAUCAACAGCCAAAACAAAUACGCCUAUAGGCAGCAAAUUUAGAAAGGCUGAAAUUAUAAGUUACCCAAGACCAAACUUCAAGAAUGUCAAAGCCAAAGUUGUGUCUAGACCGGUGUUGCCUCCCAAGGACCCUGCUUUACCGAAGGGCACACUUAAGCCUCAGUUGGCCAGUGGUUCAUCCCCCUCAUCAGCGUCUUCCUCAAAACCGUUGACAGUCCUGAACAAGACCCCGAGAUCUGACUUGAAUACGAACACAAAAGCAGGAAUCCUAAUUAACAAGAUGCAUAAGCAGCAGUUUAAUAAGCUCAUUACCAGCCAGGCUGUGCAUGUCACAACUCAUUCUAAAAAUGCCUUGCACAAGGUUCCAAGAACAACAUCUGCUGUGAAAUCGAAUCAGGAAGAUGUUGACAGAGCAAGCUCUUCUGACCCAGCAUGUGGGACUGGGUCUGUGGCUGCUUUUCUCCAAAAGAUGCAAGGCAUGGAAAGUGCGGAGUGUCCGGAAGUGACGUAUGUUUCCCAUGUGGAACGGAUUAGCCCUGAAAAGAAGGGUGAAAAAGAAAAUGAGACACCUGAGGAGAAACAAGAGCUAAAAAAGGAAAUCCUGAAUAAGACUUUUGAAUAUGGCUCUCUGUUUUUGGGUUCUGCUUCAAAAUCUGCAACCCCCUCUGGGAGGAGUAUAUCCAAGCCAGACUCCUGCGGUUUGAGGAAAACACCUGGCCCCAAAGCCAAAGGGGGGCCUUCUGUUUCCUGCCUGAGGCGGAACAACGAGGGCAGGAGCCUGGGUUCGGAGCGGGCCUUGUCCCCACAGAGGAUCAGGCGGGUGUCCAGUUCGGGAAAACCUACAUCCUCAAAGACGGCACAGCCCUCUUGGAUGAACUUGCCUAGGCCGCUCCCCAAAUCCAAAGCAUCGUUGAAGAGCUCAGCGCUGCGGAAGACGGGGAGCACCCAUUCGGUCGCCAGCUCCCACAGUGAGCUGAGCACGUACAGCAGUAACUCUGGGAAUGCUGCUGCCAUCAAGUAUGAGGAGAACCCUCCCAAGCCAGUGUUUCAGAAGGCCUCCUCGGCAUCCUUGUACCUGAAGCCCUUGGUCCCCAGAGCUCAUGCGCACCUGCUGAAGACUCCGCCCAAAGGUCCAUCAAGGAAAAAUAUAUUUACAGCUUUUAACGUGGUUGAAAAGAGCAGGCAGAAAAACUCCCGGAGUUUAUGCAUCCAGACGCAGACAUCUCCAGAUGUGCUUUCCUCUGAAAGAACACUCGAAUUGGCACAGUAUAAAACAAAAUGCGAAAACCAGAGUGGAUUGAUCCUGCAGCUCAGGCAGCUUCUGUCCCGAGGCAAUGUCAAGUUGGAAGCCCUGACGGUUGUGAUCCAGCACUUCCUGUCUGAGCGAGAGGAAGCCCUGAAACAACACAAAACCCUAUCCCAAGAACUCGUGAACCUCCGGGGAGAACUCGCUACUGCUUCGACCACUUGUGAGAAAUUAGAAAAAGCCAGGAGUGAGUUACAGAUAGCGUACGAGUCAUUUGUCCAGAAGCUCAAGCAGCAACACCAGACCGAUCGGACGGAACUAGAGGACCGGCUUAAGGAAUUCUACACCAAGGAGUGCGAGAAGCUGCAGAGCAUUUACAUUGAGGAAGCUGAGAAGUAUAAGAGUCAAUUGCAGGAGCAGUUUGACAACUUAAAUGCUGCCCACGAGAGCACUAAGUUGGAAAUUGAAGCCAGCCACUUGGAGAAAGUAGAGUUGCUGAAGAAAGCCUAUGAGAGCUCCCUUUCAGAAAUUAAGCAGAGCCAUGAAUUGGAAAAGAAAUCGCUGGAAGAUUUGCUUAACGAGAAGCAGGAAUCUCUAGAGAAGCAAAUCAGUGACCUGAAGAAUGAAAAUAAUGCUUUAAAUGAAAAGCUGAAAGCAGAAGAACAGAAAAGAAUCGCAAGGGAGAAGGCAAAUUCAAAGAAUCCUCAGCUCAUGUAUCUGGAGCAAGAGCUUGAAAGCCUGAAAGCUGUGCUAGAGAUCAAGAACGAGAAGCUGCAUGAACAGGAUGUCAAGUUAAUGAAAAUGGAGAAGCUGGUGGACAACAACACGGCGUUGGUUGACAAACUGAAGCGCUUCCAGCAGGAGAAUGAGGAGCUGAAAGCACGCAUGAACAAGCACAUGGCCAUUUCCAGGCAACUCUCCACAGAGCAGGCCGUCCUGCAGGAGUCGCUAGAGAAGGAGUCCAAAGUCAACAAGCGGCUCUCCAUGGAGAAUGAGGAGCUGCUGUGGAAGCUGCAGAACGGAGACCUGUGCAGCCCUAAGAGGUCACCCACGUCCUCAGCCAUCCCCUUCCAGUCACCCAGGAAUUCAGGCUCUUUCCCCAGCCCCAGCGUGUCCCCCAGAUGACGCUUCUGGCAAGCAGCAGUGCCAUCUGGGAGCGUUUUGAGGCAGAUCUGCAGGACCCGAACAAUGGGCUUGGGAGCGAGAGCUGCGCGAGCUCACGGCACGUGACCCGUGACCGUGGGAUAACUGGAAAGGCACCUCCCCCGGGAUCAGCUCUGGGAGAAACAGGGACUCGGCAGGAAGACUGCAGGCUCCAACCCAAUGACUGGUCCAGACAAGGUUUCGGAAUCGCCGUGGACAUUGUUGCACAAAGCACUUAGAGAACGACAGAAUCUUGUUCAUUGCCUUUUCCACCUAAGCGUAAGGGGAAAAACUCUCAGGGGCUUAUUACGAUAAAGAUUUAUAACCUUUAUAAUGUCCUUCACCACA